AUGCGGAUUGGCCGGUUCAAAGUAGUGGUGACAGGCCCCACCAUUAUUGAAGCCAUGUUGCGCUCGUUGGCCAGCCGAGUCGGCGCUCUGAACCUCCGCACUGCCGCGCCGUUGCGAACGGCAUCCUUCAGCUCGUCUGUCGGCGGUGAAAAGAAGCGCGUUUUCAACUACGUCGCCCCUGCAGGUAUUGCGGAAGGCGACUUGCGCUUGGGCUUCAAGCCGUCGCAAGUUGUGGACGCGCCCGAGGAGGUGCGCCGCACGCUGAGUUUGGACAACGCGUCGCAGGCGGAGUUGAACAAGAUUGCCAUCCAGAAGGCCAUCGCUGCGUUUGAGCGAUUCCCCGGUGACACGGGCUCGUCCGAGGUCCAGAUCGCGAUCUUGACACAAAAGAUCAAGCGCAUGACCGAGCACUUCCGCGACCACAAGCACGACAACCACUCGCGACGCGGGCUGCAGACGAUGAUCAACAAGCGCAAGAGCCUGCUCAAGUACCUCCGCCGAGAAAACCUCCAGCAAUUCCGCGCCGUCGUGGCCGCGUUGGGGCUGCGUUUCACCUAGAUAUAUACACUAACCACACAAGUACAGUCCAACCCGCCACAACACAUCUCUACCUCGUGUUGAACCCGCCACCUUCCAUUACGAGGUCUCAUGUGCGAUGGCUAAGGUGACGUCCGUCUUAACCAGUUGAUCGCAACAAGCUUCCCAUGUGCAUACUUGUCAUACAGUAUUGCGAUGCGUCGAGGAAGCUGCUUUAGCUUGAACGCUCAUUCACUGCCUUUUCACGUGUGACCAUGUCCUUUGCACAUCAUGAC